AUGAAGGCAGCAGAGAUCAGAUUGUCUCUACACAGACCUCUACAGCACAGAGAUCCACACAUGGCUCCUACAAUCACUGCAGCAAUGACCAACUCUCAGGAGCAUCUGACUCGGAGCCACAAGCUCAGAAAGCCUCUGGUGGAGAAGUUACGCAGAGAGCGAAUCAACAGCAGCAUCGAGCAGCUCAAGUCUCUCCUGGGUCCAGAGUUCCUCAACCAGCAGCCAGACUCCAAGCUGGAGAAAGCAGACAUCCUGGAGAUGACCGUUUGCUUCAUGACACAGCUGCUGCAGCAGAACCAGCAGCAGAGAAGACUGAUGAAGCACGUCAACAAGCUGCAGACUUCCUCUGAGGAGAAGCUGAGAGAGGCUGACUUCUCUCCUCUGAGCUCCACAGUCCACAGCAGCACCACCAAGGACAAGAGUCCAGUCAGCAGCGCCCCCUGGAGGCCGUGGUAGAUUCCUACAGACUGGAGUCACCAGCAGACAAACUGGGACGAGCUCAGUGGUCAGAGACUACUGGAAGUUAAUUCCAUGAAAUGUAAGGACUUGUUCUUCUGUAUGAACAGAAACAUGUAUUUGUGUGUUGGACGUUUCCUGAGGAAAGAAGCAACAAUAUCUUUCAAGUGAAGAAAGAAAACAUCUUGUCAUGCAUGUUGCAUGAAUCACAUCUGACUGCAUCAGCAGUUCUUAUCACCCCUCACUGUGUCAGUGAUGUAUCAUCACAUGGUUUGUUACCUGUUGAUUAACUUUGAUCUUUGCUCUGAAAACAUCUAAAUGUUCUUUUUGUGGACGUGUUUUCAUCAGGAUUUUAACUUUGAAUUUCUCUGUUCAGUCAAAAAUGAUCUGUUUUAAGAUCCAAACGUUUAUUUCAUUUUCUUUAUGAACGAGAACAUCUUGUCAUGCAUGUUGCAUGAAUCACAUCUGACUGCAUCAGCAGUUAUUAUUGUACCUCACUGUAUCAGUGAUUUAUCAUUACAUGAUAACAUUUAUUCAUAUUUUACCUCACUGUACUUCAUGGUUGAAGAGAACACAGUUGAAACAUUUUAAUAUGUUUCGUCAAUAUUGAUCAUUUUGAUCGGAAAUGUUAAAUCUCCUAAUCUCUGUUAUUUACCAAAUUUGAUCUAUUGUAAGAUCCCAAUGAUUCUUUUCUUCUUAAAGAUUGUUUUUAAUGUCACUUUGUUACAUUUUUAAAGUGACUGUUGUGUUUUUUUUAGAAACACUGAUGUGGACAUAUUGUCCGAAUAUUCUUUACUUCACUUUAAUCUCUCUGAUCUGUUGUAAGAUCCAAACUUUUAUCUCUUUGUCAAAAGAUUUUGCUUCAUACCUAAACAAGCUUCUUAAAUACUUGAUUGUGUUCCUCAAAUUUUUCCUGUUGGGAAAAAUGUUUUAUUUUCUGUGGAAAAUAUUGAAAAAAAGAAACUUUAUUUUUCAUAUUCAGAAAGAAUCUUUGUGCUGGUGCAUGAAUCCAGUCAAACAUGAAUGACUGUUCACAUGUGUAUCACUGUAAACACUUCCACGACUUCACAGAUGUAUUUGUCCUCUAUUUGGACACCUUUUACAGAAUUGACUUAAUUUUGUAUGUCUUUAAUAUUUGAUCAGUUUUCAGAUCACUUAUUUUCAUCCUAUUGUUUGAAAGGUUUGCUCUUCAAGGUGAUACAUCCCAGUGAUUUUUGUAGUACAAAAUUGUCCUGAUUAACAGCCAGCAUUGAUCACUUUGUUAUCUUUACUUGAUCUGAUCUGAGAUCAGUUUUAAGGUCAUUUAGAAAAGUUAGGUGUAAAACUGCUUGAUGAUGAAUCCUGUUUGUCUUUUGUGAAGACGGAAGAUCCUCUACUCAUUUUGAGUGCAGUGUUUCUUGGAAAUGUCACCAAGUUGUUGUUGUGAUGCAUCAUCACAUCUGUCUGCUCCUAUCAGAAGCUUCUAUAAAACGUAUGAUUGAGUUCAACAAAUAAAUCAAUUUAAUACAAA